AUGGCUCUGCACACCUUUUUCUUCACCGCGCCGGAGCUUCUGGCCCGCCCUCCGGUUGGGCUUGAGUUCCGAGAGCUGCCACACGAGGACCUGUUUGAUGCUGAGGGUCAGGAGGUGCGCAAGGCCGCCUGCAAAAGCGCAAUGGAGGACGUGUUUGCGAGCUGCGACGCACGGCACCGCGAGCAGCUGACCCUGGAUGGCGCGGUGGGAUGCGUGUUCGAGCGCUCUCCAUACUGCCACGCCGUGAUUCGAAAAAACGUGUGUGCUGUGUUUGCGGGCGAAAUAGCAGCCUGGCCGGGCCACGACCAGGUGCAGGAGCACCACGACUCCUUUGUCAGGGGGGAGCCGCUGCCGGUAGAGGAUGACGCAGAUUGGCUGAUCAAGUUUUACGACUCUUUCAGCGGCGAGAGCGGGUUCGCCAAGCUGGACGACAUCAGCGAAGCGGCGCUGAGGGCGCUCGCACAAGUGCAGGGCAGUUUUGCCUUUGUGGUGUAUGACGCCGUCACCAGGCGUGUGUGGGCGGCGCGGGACGCUGCAGGCGUGCAGCCGCUGUUCUGGGGCGUCACGGAGGACAACCGGCUGGUGUUUGGCACCGACCCGCAGAAGCUGGAUGGCUGCAACCCCACUGCCACGCCCUUCCCAGCGGGCACUCUGUUUGCCAGCCACGACGCCACACUUUGCCAUUCGCCCGGCACUCACGGGUGGGUCAUCCGUGGGGAGCACCCGCUGCCUGGCGAGCUGCUCAGCUUUGUGGCCAGCGCGCGCCCCACCCCCGCGCACCACUGGAAGCAAGUCAAGGCUGUGCCGCGUAUGGAUGCGGAGGGGCACAUCUGUGGCGCUGUCUACCGAGUCGCCUCUGAGCCUGGCCUGGCCAACAUCCGGAGCCAUUAG